AUGCUGCCGUCAACCACUCCAACUCGGCCCUGGGAUGAGGUGGGCGUCGAUCUUUUUCAUUUGAACGACCAGGACUACGUCCUUCUGUUGUAUUACCGGUCACGCUUCCCGGAAGUGAUCAGCCUGCGCUCGACGACAGCACCUGCUGUCAUCAACGUCAUCAAGAGCGUCUUUGCGCGCCACGGGAUCCCGAACCUGGUGCGCAGCGAUAACGGUCCUCAGUUUGCUGCAAGAGAGUUCUUCGCCGAGUCCUACCGUUUCCGCCACGUCACUAGCAGACCCCAUUUUCCACAGUUGAACGGGGAGGUGGAACGGAUGGUGAGGAUGGUCAAGGACCUGUUGCGGAAGGCGGAUGAUCCCUACCUGGCGCUUCUGGCAUACUGGGACACCCCUGGGGUUAAUGGAGUGAGCCGUGCUCAGAUGCUCAUGGGGAGGCGCCUACAGACCCAGGUACUGAAGACGUCACACCAGCUGGAGCCAGCCUGGCCCCCGCGGGUCCCACUCACUCGGCAUGACGAAGACAACCGGAGGCGUCAAGCAUCCAACUUCAACAGAAGCCACGCGGCUCGCGCAGUGCGGCCUCUUCAGGCCGGCGAGCGGGUCUGGGUACGGGACUUCAACUCCCCCGCGAUAUCAUGGGGCCAACUCAAUGCCCCCGCUCCUACGGGGUGGAGACUCCGACGGGUGUACGCUAGCGCAACCGGAUGCACCUGGUACCGACGACGGGACGUCAUGCGGAAUGCACUACCAGCCCACCUGGAACUCCCGCGGGCGGCGCAGACCGCCAUGUCCCCAACAACGCCUGGAACUGAUCGAGCAGCCCAAGACCAGAGAACCGCAUUGCCCCGGGAAAGCACCUCCACUGCAGAGGCACCCCGCGGUUCUACAUCUACGCCAGGCGUCUCAAAGUUCGGCAGAAAGAUCCGCAGGCCAAGAAGGCUCGACCUAUGA